CUUCCAACCGCCAUUUAUAGCGUAUGUACUUGUUAGGAGGGGAAAUAUAUUCUUUCUGGGAAUUACGAAUUGUAAAGUGUCUUGGUCUUGCAGUAAAAAAAUUCUUUGCACCUGAUUUAUUUAUGGAACUUAAUAUGUAAACUUUAUAGAAUGAUUCUUUCUGUACUUUACAGUUCCACGACAAUGAUUUGAUUCUGUGGCUAAUUAAUAGGUGAAAAACAUGGUCGACAAAUACGGCGAUAAUUAGUAAUGAGUUGUGGGAAAAUUUGUCCCCUCAUUACUCUUCGAAGUUGUAAGUGUGGCAUGUCAAAUGAGAUUAUCAGACUAUUAAUACAAAGGCACGUGUAAAAGCGCUGGAAAAAGAAGUACCAGUCACAAAAACAUUGAUCAAUAGCCGACAGUCGAUCAGGCUCCAUGAAAUCUGCAGAAAUUGAGGUGGCAUUGAAAGAAGCAGUGAGACCGUCAUUAAAAACAAAUUUAAGCGAACCGUUGGAUUAAAAAAAACAUAUGCUACAGUUCAGUCACCUUAAAAAUGCACGGCUCCAAGCGGUCUGUGCCAUCGAAGUCAGACAUUCAGGAGUUGCAUGCUGAUGUUUCCUUUCCUCAUUCAGGAGCAGGAGUUUCGUUGCCUAAUUCCGGGAGUAAAGACAUUCAGGAGGAAAAAACUGAGAGUGAAUACGGAUCGUAUGGCAAUCAUUAUGAAGAAAUAACUGAAGAACACUUGAAGCAAAUAGCAUUGGAACUUGGCCUUAUUAAAUUGUACUGGCCACAAGAGCUAAUUCCAGAUGUAGACCAGCGAAAGCACUAUCCACCCUCUUAUACCCAGAACAGUAAUAAGGAGAAGCUGUUGCUAUGGUAUAGUGAAAACUUCCGAAGACAGUAUCAUUUUGUAUACAAAGCUCGGAAACCUCUCUUUCUGGCUGCCAAAAAUGAAUGUGGCCUCCAGAAAAUGGUAUGCACCACAGUGCGUCCAACCACAAUACGGCUUCCAGAGUUCAGAACAUGGGAGGGCUGUGCCAAUUUUGUAGCUGAUCAUCUCAAUUAUAAGCCACUUGAGAAACCUCAACUGCUGCCAGGCCGAUUGUUCUCUCCAACUGCAGUGAUGGAAAGGCAGAAGGGAAAUAUUUUUGAGUACAGCACACUCCUCUGCUCCUUCCUCAUCGGGUCUGGUUAUGACGCAUAUGUCGUGUCAGGUUGUGCCACCAGAGAAUUCUGUGUUUUUGACCAGACCAGAGUUGUAUGCCCAUGUCUUCCGGAGUUCACAAAGGCAGAGAAGAGGAAUGUAGAUAAGGACGUGCCUAAAUAUGCAAUAAAACCUCCUGCUAAUCUCUACAGCGAGUUCCUACUUGAAAUGGAGGCGAAGAAAGUACGCAAGAAAGAAGAGGAAGAGAAGAAACGUGAGGAAGCAAUGAGACUGGUAAUUGAAGAAUUUGAAAAGCCUCCCCCAGAUGAAAUCUCUGGCACCCGAGUACACAGCUGGGUAGUUGUGUUACCCACUUGCAUAAAUGUUCAGGAGCCAUUCUUCAUCGAUCCCUUGACUGGCAAUAAGUGUGAUUUAAGUAAUCCCAACUUUCUGCGUCUGGAGAGUAUAUGGAACCACACUAACUACUGGGUGAACCUCCAGAGUUGCAGUGAACGAUGCAAGAACCUGAAGUUCCAGCUAACUGAUUUGAAAUGCUGGGAGCAUCUCUUACCAGGUGAACCUUGGCAUUUUUGGAAAUCAGGUCAUGAUGAAGGGAAUGUUACUGCUGACACUAUUUUGGAAGAAAAACAUCUUGAUAUGCCUGCCUCAUGGGUGGAUAGGCUGGAAAUUUCCAAUGCUGUGUAUGAGAAGAGAUUUCCUAAUGGGCACAAGACAGUUCUGUAUAAGAAAUGCAAACUGGAGAAGUUUGCACCCUAUGUACAGGAGGAUGGCUUGGUGACUCGAAUUACUACUUACACAGAUUAUGACUGGACUGUGCCAGAAUUGGUGUAUGAAUAUUAUAGCAAUCGUGUGGACUGCCUUCUACAAGUCAGGAGUAAUAUGCUCAAUAGAUCAAUUGUUGAGGUCUUCAGACGAGGGAGAGCCGAUUGCCUCAGAGAACAUUCCUUCUUUCUGGGAAGAACUGGAGUUGAAGAUAAGCGAACCAUGGUGUUCUACCACAUGGCUCGUCACGACGGUUUGGAAAAAUUGGAGAUGGAUCCGCUCUAUCUUAUACAGCAUUUUCAUGAUCGUCUUGACCUGUUAUAUUAUCGUAAGGUGGACUAUCAACCAGGAGGUCAGGGCCAAGUGGGAGGCUCAAAGAGAAAUGUGCUGAAACUUGUUGAAGAGUUCUGUCGAAAUCCCAAGAAGGAUGCUAACAGUGAUAUUGCACGCCGGACUUUUGCUGUGGCAGAUAACCAGAUCUUACUGAAGUUCCAUUGUGCACCUGGCAAAAUUACUGCAGCUACUCGUGAGUUCAUCAAGCCACCUCUGACAGAAAUGGCUGAAAAGCUUACUUUUAAUCCUGACCUCACAGCAGGAUAUCAGACAAAUCCCACAGACCAUCCUCCAAAGAAUCUCUAUUUAUUCUGUAUGCUGAGAGAGCAGCUGAAGGCUGAAGAAGAUUCUCUUCUUUCUGCAAGACAAAUGGAAGAAGAAGUUAGUACCAUACUUAAACAGCGUUCCAUUGAACUGUGUGAACCACAGUUGGAGGUCUCCAUCUUCAACAUGGAGAGGAAUCAGUUGGCAAAAGAGGGCAUGGAAGCAAGAGACAAGCAAAUACGUGCUCAAGCUGCAAGAGAACUCGAAACAGAUGUUGAUUUUUUAGCUCCUUAUUUUGCCCGUAUUGGUAAUCCAGAAAAAAUAUCUGAACAACAAGCUUUGCAGAUCAGGGAGGACUGCAUUGCUGACUUCAAACAGCUGUUUGUGGACAGGAUCAAUAAAAUUCAGGACUAUUUUGAGGAGGUUGGUGGAGAGAUUCAAGCAAAGAAUAAGUGGUAUGAAGAAGAACGAGACAAUCUUACAAAAGCAGAAGAAGAUGCAUAUCUGAAAGCCAAUGCAGAAAAAUCUUUCCUGCUGCAUGUUCUGGAAGUUCGGUUAGCUCGUUUACGUCAUCUUGCAACUGCUCGGUAUCAGACAAUUGAAGCACUUUUCCGUGCAGACAAGCGCCUGAGUGUCCUCUAUGGCUAGCAUCCAUUUACACAACAAAUUAUAUGUUACCCCAUAGGCUUACAUAAUUAAUUUUAAAUUGAAUUUACUUCAUACUGUGAGCAGAUUGCUUAGUUCACAUAUGAAGUGAGUACUUGUCUAUUUUAUUUGCUUUAAUGAACAUGCCUUUAGCCUUCAUGAUUGCAGCCCUUCCUCUGGUUUCCAGCUGUGUGUGGCAGAGUUAAUGUGUGAAUUGUAUUCAUAGUGUUGGAAGUACAGUUACUUUCCAGCUUUUGAUUGUGUGAUAUCUGCUAAGGCUGUAGUGGGCAGUGGGCAUGCCCCUCAGGAUAAUACAGACUGGCCUAAUGCAACAUCUGAAGGAGAAGCAACAGGGAAAAAUUCAGGUCUGUCAGAUGUGGGAGAUUCUUUAUAAAAUGUGUAAAGAAGUGUAUCCUGGUCUACAGGAAG